GAUGAGGAGGUUGGGCACCGGUCCUGUCUGGCUUUAAUCCCUUGGUCUGGACCCUUGUGUGUUCCUAUCUUUCCUGUCUUCUCCAAGGCCAAACCAGUCUACUACCUCACUCGUGCUGGGAGAAUGCUGGUAACAGAGCUUGCAGUGUUAAACACACAGACUUCCAAAUUGGUUAUUGAGGAGCCUACCAUUCACCUCACUGAAGCUGGGAGGCUAGUGCUUGACGAACUGUCAGCACCUUCAGAUAGCCAUUCACAGCCAAAUAGGGAAGACUCUGGUUUUCCCUAUGAGAAGUUGCAGCUGGUUGGGAACUGGGGUUCGUUUCAUUUCCAUUACUGGAAUAUCCAUUAUGGACGAGUGCAGCAAAAUGAAGAGGACAUGCAUCACCUGUGCAUUGUGAGGGGAGUAGAGAUGCAGCUGUGGUGGAGCAGAGUCAUCCAGGAAAAAAUCCUGGACCCAUGGGGUCUCGUCCAGGUGGUCCUCACCAACAAGAAGCUGACUGGUAUUAAGUUCCUUGGUAGAAGGAUCCAUGGACUCAUGUCCUGCCUUGUCAAGAGGAGGUCUGAGUUCACCUAUUAUGAGGAUGCCCAGCAGGUGGAUAUCUCCACCACAGUGGAGGGGUACCAGGAGAGGGGGGAUGAGAUGAUGUCAUAUCAGUUCUCCACCUCUGACAUCAUCACCACCCCUCAUGAGCCGUCCUCUGGCUCCUCUCACCAGUUCCCCCAGAAUUCUACGCCUCCCCCUUUCCCUUCCGAUUCCCCUCCCAGUCCCCCUCCACCUUACCACUCCACCCAGGACCAGGACCAGACCCCUGACAGCACUCCUCAGGAGUUUGAGGAGGAGUUUGUGGAGGAGCAAAAUAAUGCUGCAGAUGUGCCCCAGUUGCGGCGUUACUUUGAAAACCAAGGGACAACCAACUUCUCUCUGAGGCUGGCCGGUAUCAGACGUGCUAUGGAGGCUCUGACAUCCUCUGACAGUACCUCCCUCAAUUACCUCACCCACGCUGGGAGGAUGGUGUUGAGUGGACUAUCCGAGCUCAACCAGCAGAUUGACCGCAUCAACUUCGCAGAUGUUUUUUAUGAAUUCGUUCUACUAAGCCUUCUAGAAGGAAAGACAUCUCUUCCUAUAUCUAAGCCUGGUAGCUUCCUUUAUCUGCUCCUGCAAGUCAUAAUGAGGAUUGACCCUCCUGGAGGAGCCUGGACAGAGGCUGCUGAGAACUUCUACCUCCUCGUUAAGGGCCAGAUGAAGGCAUGGCUAGAAUCCAUCUUCAACCUCAAUGAGUCAAUCUAUGAAAGCCCAGAGAGGCUCUCGGGGGAGGUGAUGGGGAAUCUACAAAUACAGGUUGAGUUCCUGCUGUCCAGCCUGGAUUAAGGUUCCCAAACUGAGCUGAGGGCCCCAUCACAAAAUAAAGUGUUUUGCAUUUAAA